GAGAAUAUUAUGACAUUUGUGAAGAACGAGCUGAAUAUGUUCAAGAGGAUUCUUAGUCCAGAACUCCCAGAAGGCUUUGAGAGUCAGAAGCAGGAUGAGGAAGUGGUGGAUGCUGAAGAUGAGAAGCAGGAGAGCAGUGCCAGAGAGGGGGCUCUGAAGAUCACACUGCACAUCCUGAGGAAAAUGAACCAGAUGGAGCUUGCUGACACACUGGAGAAAAAUGAGCUUGCUGUGAUUUGCCAACGUGAACUCAAAUCUAAUCUAAAGAAGAAGUUUCAAUGUGUAUUUGAGGGGAUCGCUAAACAAGGAAACCCAACACUUCUCAAUAAGAUCUACACAGAGCUCUACAUCACAGAGGGUGGAACAGGAGAGGUCAAUAAUGAACAUGAGCUGAGACAGAUUGAGACAACAACCAGGAAACAAGCAAGACCAGAGACUGCAAUCAAAUGUAACGACAUCUUCAAACCCUUAACUGGACAAGACAAACUUAUCAGAACUGUGCUGACAAAGGGAGUCGCUGGCAUUGGAAAAACAGUCUCUGUGCAGAAGUUCAUUCUGGACUGGGCUGAAGGAAAAGCAAAUCAGGAUGUCCAAUUUGUAUUUUCAUUCCCUUUUCGGGAGUUGAAUUUGAUGAAAGGGGAAAAACACACUCUGAUUGGACUUUUCAAUCACUUCUCAAUGGAAACCAAAGAAUCAAGGAUCUCCAACUACAACAAGUACAAAGUUCUGUUCAUCUUUGAUGGCCUGGAUGAGUGCCGACUGCCCCUAGACUUCCAGAAGAACAAGAUCUGUUGUGACGUCACAAAGUCAACCUCAGUGGAUGUUCUGCUGACAAAUCUCAUCAAGGGAAAUCUGCUUCCCUCUGCUCUCCUCUGGAUAACUACCCGACCUGCAGCAGCCAAUCAGAUCCCCCCUGAGUGUGUUGACCAGGUGACAGAGGUACGAGGGUUCAGUGACCCACAGAAGGAGGAGUACUUCAGGAAGAGAUUCAGUGAUGAGGACCUGGCCAGCAGAAUCAUCUCACACAUAAAGACAUCAAGGAGCCUCCACAUCAUGUGCCACAUUCCAGUCUUCUGUUGGAUUUCUGCAAUAAUCCUUGAACCCAUGCUGAAACAUAAGAGAGAAGAGAUGCCCAAGACUCUGACUGAGAUGUACACACACCUUGUGGUGUUUCAUACCAAACAGAAGAAUGAAAAGUAUCUUGGGAAAGAAGAGACAGGUCCACACUGGAAUAAAGAGAGCAUUCUGUCACUGGGAAAACUGGCUUUUCAACAGCUUGUGAAGGGCAAUCUGAUUUUCUAUGAAGAAGACCUGAAAGAGGCUGGCAUUGAUGUCAAUGAAGCCUCAUUGUACUCAGGAUUGUGCACACAGCUCUUUAAAGAGGAAUGUGUGCUGUACCAGGACAAGGUGUACUGCUUCGUGCAUCUGAGCAUUCAGGAGUUUCUGGCUGCUGUAUAUGUGUUCCUCUCAUUCAUCAACAAAAAUGAGAAUCUAAUGGCCAAACCGCAAGUUACUGAAGUUAAUGUCUACAAGAGAGCUGUGGAUAAAGCCUUACAAAGUGAGACGGGAAACCUGGACCUUUUCCUCCGCUUCCUUCUGGGCCUCUCACUGGAGUCCAAUCAGAAGCACUUACGAGGUCUUCUGACAAAGACAAGAAGCAGCUCACAGAGUCAUGAAGAAACAGUCAAGUACAUCAAGGAGAAGAUCAGGGAGAAUCCCUCUCCAGAGAGGUGCAUCAAUCUGUUCCACUGUCUGAAUGAACUGAAUGACCAUUCUCUAGUGGAGGAGAUCCAAAGCUACCUGAGAUCAGGAAGUGUCUCCAGUGAAGAACUCUCACCUGCACAGUGGUCAGCUCUGGUCUUUGUGUUGCUGACUUCAGAAAAGGAGAUGGAUGUCUUUGACCUGAAGAAAUACUCCAGAUCAGAGGAAGGUCUUCUGAGGCUGCUGCCAGUGGUCAAAGCCUCCAGAGCUGCUCUGCUGUCAGGCUGUGGAAUCAAAAAGAAAGGCUGUGCUUCUCUGGUCUCAGCUCUGAGGUCAAACCCCUCACACCUGAGAGAGCUGGAUCUGAGUAACAAUGACCUGAAUGAUUCAGGAGUGAAGCUGCUCUCUGCUGGACUGGGGAAUCCACACUGUAAACUGGAGACUCUGAGGCUGUCAGGCUGUCAAGUCACAGAGGAAGGCUGUUCUUCUCUGGUCUCAGCUCUGAGGUCAAACCCCUCACACCUGAGAGAGCUGGAUCUGAGUAACAAUGACCUGAAGGAUUCAGGAGUGAAGCUGCUUUCUGAUGGACUGGGGAAUCCCCACUGUCAACUGGAGACUCUGAGACUGUCAGGCUGUCUAGUCACAGAGGAAGGCUGUGCUUCUCUGGUCUCAGCUCUGAAGUCAAACCCCUCACACCUGAGAGAGCUGGACCUGAGCUACAAUCACCCAGGAGACUCAGGAGUCAGACUGCUCUCUGCUGGACUGGAGGAUCCACACUGCAGACUGGAGAAACUCAAUGUGGAACAUGGUGGAGAGUACACAAUGAAACCUGGACUUAGAAAAUAUGUCUGUGAUCUCACACUGGACCCAAACACAGUAAACAGAAACCUAUCUCUGUCUGAGGAGAACAGAAAGGUGACAUGUAGGAUAAAGAAGCAGCCGUAUCCUGAUCACCCAGAUAGAUUUGAGGUCUGUAGACAGGUGCUGUGUAGAGAGGGCCUGACUGGACGCUGUUACUGGGAGGUAGAGUGGAGUGGGGGAUGGCCUGUUAUAGGAGUGACAUAUAAAGGAAUCAGCAGGAGAGGAGAGGGUGAGGACAGUCUGAUUGGAUGGAAUGACAAGUCCUGGAGUCUGUUCUGCUCUGACAACAGUUACACUGCCAGGCACAAUACUAUUCCCACUCUCAUAGACGUCCUCUCCUCCAGCUCCCACAGAGUAGGAGUGUAUCUGGACUGGCCAGCCGGCACCCUGUCCUUCUACAGAGUCUCCUCUGACACACUGACCCACCUGAACACAUUCUACACCACAUUCACUGAGCCUCUCUAUCCAGGGUUUUGGGUUUAUGAUGACUCUUCAGUGUCCCUGUGUCAGGUGGUCCCUGUGUCCUAAUCAAACACAACACAAUAUUUUAAUAAAAUAAGAAUAUAAAUAACUCUG